UUCGUUCUCACCCGAACGGACGGACGCAACGCCCGGUCUCCGCCUGCCCCAAUCCCGACUCCAGGCCGUCGUCCCCAACACACCAUGAGGACGAAGAUGGCGGCGGCGCUGGUCCGGGCCUCCAGGGGGAUCGGACCUCCUACGCCUGCCCGAUCCUCCUACUUCUCCUCUCGCGGCCACCUCCAACGCCUCCUCCCACGCCUACGCCUUCGCGGGCCGUCAGCCGGUGCCCGCCCCGGAUCCCACCUUCUUCGACGAUGUCGUCGACGCCAUCGUCGACAAGUACGGCUGGGACCCCGACGCCGAGGUCCGGGUUUGGCCGCUCGACGCCGAGGGCGCGCUCGUCGACGCCGUGCAGCGCUACGAGUUCCCCGCCCGCGUGGGGCCCCGCGGUCGCGCUGGCGCGGGCCUCCGACGGGGCCGUCGACUGGAGCCGCCCCGACGCCCCCGCGGUGGAGGAGGUGGUCGGGCCCGACGGGGUCGACUUCGUCACCGGCGAUGGCGACCUGGCGUUCGGCUCCGGCGUCAGGGUCCGUGACAUGGUAGGGCCGUUCGAGCUGGUGGUCUCCGAUGGCGCUGGCAGGGGCCGCGCGGAGCUCCAGUUGCCGUCGAUGCAAUGGAGUACACUUGAUGCGAUCAAUUCUGGUGUGUGUGUGUGAUGCAAUGACGUAUGAAUAUCGACAGAAAAAUAUGCCUGAGGAGUAUGGGUAUGUAGUAACAUUUCUCUGUUAUUUUCGGAACAACUUGGAAUAUCUUAUUGGUAGUUUAUAUACAAAGUCAUUUUGAUAAUUAUCAUGCUGCAAACCUACAUAGUUUUCUAUAUUAAUCAUGUCAUGCUAAAAUAUAGAAGUUAUAGCUUCAAUAAAUUGAUAAAAUACAGAUUUGGGCUUUACAUAUUUAUUGAAUAUAUAUUUACAUAUGAAUACGUCGUUACGGUCGGACUCCAGCGAGCAGCAGUGGUUGUUAUACCCCACCAGGUAACUUGCUACUGUUGGUGAAACUCUCUUGUGCAGAAACGCCGAUCUUGAAAUCUUGAUCCUACUUAUAGGCCGUAUUGCAUGCAAUGUACUCAUGUUUUACUGAACAUGUAGGUAACAUGAAAUUUUGAUCUUCUCCCAUCACUGAAAGUUGUGUUUUAAACUUGCAAAAGCAUUGCUAAGCCUAUUCAAUCAUUUCUAUUUUACCCUAGAUUUCACCCCAUACCACAAUUGAGAUACAAAUGGGCGUUACUGAUGUCGAGGAGAAGAGUUAGAAGCUCUUGGAUUGAGAAUCUGAGAUUUAUAUAGGUUCAGUAGACCAAAAAGUUUCGGAUUCACUACUCCAGAUACAACGAUGCGGUAUAUAUAGUUAACUUCGUACUUUAUAUUACCAAUUUUUCUUCCUCCAAGAGUUCUCCGGAUAUAAUUUACACCUGAAACAAUAAAUUGUUAAAAGCAAGGAAAAGUAACAAGUUCUGCAAAUUAGUUUCAUCAGGAGAGAACUGGCUGAAAUGAAGCUAAUACCCAUGUACUGAAUAUCCUGCAGUGGUUAGUAUACUAAAGAGUAAAACUGCAUGUUUUUGUCAUAUCUGAAACCCUUUUCUGCUCCAUACUUUACGUAAACAAUGCCUGUGCAUUGGCAUAAGAACCAUAGAUUGAAAAAUCAUCAUCCAUUGUCAUUCGUCACCCUGGCAAUGAUGCAUUUGCUAUUCAGAAGACUUCUUGUCCGGUUUAGUGUGUGAUUUGUUACUAUGAUAAGGAAACAUUUCCUCAACCCAUCUUUCACUACACACACAGGUUGCACAGAGGAGUAUAAGGAUUUCUUCAUCGGGCCAGUCCACGUGGAAGAUGUCGCGUUAGCCCGUAUCACGCUGUUUGAAAACCCGGCUGCAUCCGGGAGGCACCUCUGUGUGGAGCCCAUAUGUCACUUGAGCGAUUUCGCGUCCCAAGUCGCGGAGCUCUACCCCGACCACGAAGUCCCGAAAUUACCUGAGGACACGCAGCCUGGGCUGGUGAGAGCGGAGGCGGUGCCGAAGAAGCUGAUGGCACUGGGCCUGCAUUUCACUCCUUUGGAAAAGAUCAUCAAGGAUGCGGUGGAGAGCCUUCGGAGAAGAGGAUGCAUCGCCUGAUGGCUGGAUUAUUAGCUGUACCAUAUUCCUUCCCUUCUGUUGUAGGGUCAUGAUCAACCCUUGCUCCAGAGAUGUGUUGUGCCCAGCCCAGUGCUAGACCUUAUAGUUGCCUGUAUGAUUGUGCAAUAACGGCUGGUUGAUCUACUGGUACACCUGUCUGUUCUUGCUAGAUUCUUCCAAGAAGUCCUUGGGUGUUGCAAGGAAGAUCACCGAUGAAUAAUUGUCCAGGAUAAGAGAAGAAAACAGUACUCUCGAAAUAGAACCAAUAAUCUAUUCACAAAA